CAGACUGCAUCUUCUCCUGAAAGUUCAGGUGAGCGGCGAGCCGGCGAGCUAACCCGUCCUCUUUCCGGCGAUCCAGCCCUGCUAGUGAGGACUGAGGGGAGGAAGGUGAGCGGCGAUGUCGGCGGGCAGCAGCAAGAAGGUGGCCUGCGUCACCGGAGGCAGCGGGUACAUCGGCUCCGCGCUCGUCAAGAUGCUGUUGGAGAAAGGGUAUGCCGUGAAGACGACGGUUAGGAACCCCGAUGACAUGGCGAAGAACUCCCACCUCAAGGACCUGCAGGCGCUUGGUCAGCUGGAGGUCCUCCGCGCGGAUUUGGACGAGGAAGGGAGCUUCGAUGAGGCCGUCGCCGGCUGCGACUACGUCUUCCUCGUCGCUUGUCCCAUGAACCUCAAGUCCGAGAAUCCUGAGGUAGAGCAGAUCGAGCCAGCUGUCCGGGGAACCUUGAACGUGAUGAGGUCGUGCGCCAAGGCCGGGACGCUGAAGCGCGUGAUCCUGACCUCGUCGGCGGCCGCGAUCAUUAGGAGGCCGGAGCUGCAAGGCGACGGGCAUGUGCUGGACGAGGAGUUCUGGUCUAACGUCGAGUACCUCUCUGCCAACAAGCCUGGUUUCUGGGGAUACCCGGUGUCCAAGGUCCUCAUGGAGAAGGAGGCGACCAGAUUCGCUGAGGAGCACGGCAUCAGCCUCGUCACCGUCUGCCCCGUGGUCACCGUCGGCGCCGCGCCGGCGCCGAGCUCCAGCACCAGCGUCCCCAACUGCCUCUCCCUCCUAUCCGGCGACGAGGCGGAGUUCGCCGUGCUGAGAGGCAUCGAGAGGGGGUCCGGCACGGUGGCGCUGGUCCACGUCGACGACGUCUGCCGCGCCGAGCUGUUCGUCGCCGAGGAGCCGGCGGCCGCGGGGAGGUACCUCUGCUCCAGCCUCGGCACCACCGUCCUCGAGCUCGCACGCUUCCUGGCACACAAGUACCCGCAGUACCCCGUGAAAACUGAACUGCUCUCCGACGACCUGCUCGAGAAGCCAAGAGUGCGCCUGUCGUCGGCGAAGCUGGUGAGCGAAGGGUUCGAGUACAAGUACAAGACGCUAGAUGGGAUGUACGACGGCAUGAUCGAGUACGGCAAGGCUUUGGGAAUUCUCCCCAACUUCCUGAUUGACCACACGAUACCAGUUGGUGCAAACAAAAACCUUUGGCUUGCAUGCGGCUUUUCUCUGGAGCUCUCGAACAGUACGAUCCAUGAAGUCGCCGACCUGCCUGCACUGUGUGCGCGUAUAAUAAUAAUGCUGGAGGAGCUAGUUAUUAGUGUUCCUCUAGUGUGGCAACCAACACAGGUGCACCUGACCACAGUUACAACCAUGGCGGCGCCAGGGUUCGUGAAGACGGCGUGCGUCACCGGAGGCAACGGGUACAUCGCCUCAGCGCUGGUGAAGAUGCUGCUGCAGAAGGGAUACGCUGUCAAGACGACCGUCAGGGACCCUGGUGACAUGGAGAAGAACUCCCACUUGAAGCGCUUGCAGGCGCUCGGGCACUUGGAGGUGCUCCGCGCCGACUUGGGCGUGGAGGGCAGCUUCGACGAGGCGGUCGCCGGCUGCCACUACGCCUUCCUCGUCGCCGCUCCGGUGAACCUCGCGUCGGAGAAUCCCGAGGAAGAGCUUAUCGGGCCUGCUGUCCGUGGGACCCUGAACGUGCUGAGGUCGUGCGCCAAAGCGGGGACGGUGAAGCGCGUGAUCCUGACCUCGUCGGCGGCCACGGUGGUCCCCAGCGGCAGCGGGUCGCCGCGAGGAGACGGCGGCGGACGUGUGCUGGACGAGGAGACCUGGCCCGACGUCGACUACCUCGUAGCCAACAAGCCUCUAACAUGGGGAUACUGUGUCUCCAAGGUGCUCUUGGAGAAGGCGGCGUGCAGGUUCGCGGAGGAGCACGGCAUCAGCCUCGUCACCGUCUGCCCCGCCGUCACCGUCGGCGCGGCGCCGGCCACGAAGGUCCACAUCAGCGUCCCCGCUAGCCUCUCCCUGCUCUCCGGUGACGAAGCAUCCCUCGGCGCGCUCAGAGGCGCCGAGGCGCUGUUCGGUGCUGUGCCCAUGGUCGGCGUCGACGACCUCUGCCGCGCCGAGAUAUUCGUCGCCGAGGAGGAGGCGUCCUCAGGGAGGUACAUCUGCUGCGGCCUGAACACGACCGUCGUCGAGCUCGCCCGUUUCCUGGCGCACAAGUAUCCUCAGUACAGCGUCAAAACAAAUCUCUCCGGGGAGCUUCUUGAGAAGCCGAGAGUGCGCCUGUCGUCAGCGAAGCUGGUCAAGGAAGGGUUCCAGUUCAAGUACAGGACCCUGGAUGACAUGUACGACGACGUCGUCGAGUACGGCAGGGCCCUGGGAAUUUUAGCCAGCUGAUGCUCAUCCGAAACCAGAAACUACAUAUGCAUGCAUUGAAGUAGAAGUGAAUCUCUUGCCUGCCGUUAUGUUUGUUGUAAAAAUUUGUUUCUUAGCGUGUGUUGUACGUACCAUUGUUGUAAAAAUUGAUUGUGUUUUUACCCCAACUUUGUAGUUAUAUGCUCUCGUUAUUUUUAAAUUUACGAUUUUUAACCUUACUA